AUGAAACGGCCCAAGGGGGCCAGGAACUCUGUGUUCUAUGGGCAGCACCCAGAGAAGAAGGUGCAGGUAUCCUCACGGCAGGAGGUAAAGCAGACCCCUGUGAUCAUGGCGUUGAUCAAAGGUCCGGGGCCUGCCAAGUACCUGCGGCCAUCCUGCACGGGCUACCUAGGCCACGACAGCUCCAUGUUCCAGGAGCCCGCCUGCACUCUGCACACUCGACACUCAGAGAAGCGGGUCAUGGACAGCAAUCCUGGACCUUGCUAUUUGUUGGAUCCUAAAAUAACUCGACUUGGAAUGUCCAGCUGCCCUCAGGUCCCCAUGGAGGAACGCAUCUCUAACCUGCGCCUGAGCUCCACUCCAUCCUCCUGCCAUUACUACUUGGAGAAGACCCGCACCCCUGGGGAACGUAGGGCUCCUCAGUACACUUUUGGCUACCGCUGCCCGUACAGAGUGAUGGACCCCAACCCGGCCCCCAACCAGUACCAGCUGCCACUCUUGCUGGGACCUAACAUCCCCGUCAACCGAGCUGCUCCUUGCUAUAGUUUGGCAUCUGCAGACAAGAACUGGUUCUACCAGGACAGUGUGGCAGGAGGCCCUGGGCCAGCCAUGCAUACGCCGCCGGAGCCAUCCAUCUACCAGAAGCGCAGCCCCAUCCACAGCAUGGCCAAGCGCUUUGCCUACCCGAUGGACCACACCCCUCAGCUGGGCCCGGGCGCCCACGACAUCCGGCAGGUCACGGUGCACAAGCCCCGCGCACCGGCUUUCACCAUGGGCGUCAAACACUCUCCCCACCUGUGCCCGCUGGUCAUCUAUGUUCGCGACUGAGUCCCCUCCUGGUGUACUUGCCCAGCCCCGCCCUCCCCAGAGGAUUAUUUUCUAUACCUAAUCGAGAAGCUUGCCAUAGUUUAGAGUGGCAGAGCUGGUACCUGCUGUGUCCAGCACACAUGAGGCAUUAGAUAAAUAUUUUUAUUUAUUUAUUCAUUUGCAAACAUUCAUAACUGCUUCCUUUGGGCCCUGCCUGGGUGAGGGGUGGGGGUCCUGGGAGACCUUGUCUGGGAGAAGUUCUGUUCUGGCUCACCAGGGGAGGCGGCCACAUGCCCUCCAAAGAGCCCUGGGCAGACUCCAGAGAGCCGAGCUCUAGUCCUAACUCUACCAUGAAUGUGCUGUGUGGUCUUGUGCAGCUUCUGCCCAGAGCAGCCCUGGGGGGAGGCCUGGAGGAUGUCCAAGUUCCCUCCAGCUCCAAAACUGUGUGCCUCUGAGCUCUGACAGUGUUCAGGACCCAAGAGAGGAGCAGGAUGAGUGGGUGCAGGCAGAGGAGGCAAGGGUCAUUCUGGCUGGGGAUGGGGAGAGGGACGAUUUCCUGGGGGAGGGACCCAGGAGGACAAGCAGAGACAGCGUGUAAAAGGGAGGGUAUUCCU